GUAAAACAAUUUAAAAACAAUGAUAAAAUCAAUAAAACAAUUUUAAAGCAGCGAUAAAACCACCAUAAAAUAGAAUAAAAAAGCUAGGCUGAUGCUAAAAGGUUGUAAAUAUCAUUUUGAAUGAAAAUGGACUUAAAUACGGUCUACAUGUUUCUUCCCCUCAUUUGGACCACCUCCAUUAUCAUAUUUGGAAGUGUCUUCCUCGGAGGAAACUAUAAAAAAAGAGGAGGAGACUGAAGACUGCAUUCAAAGUCGAGACUUUGGAGAAGAAGGUGAAACAAGACCUGGAGGAGUCUUCAUGAUCAAGAGCAGCUAAAGUCCAGCUAGAAGUUGAUAUCCUCCAUAGAAAUGGCACCAGGUAAACUCAAGAAGAUUGCCACCAUAGGCCUGAAAGUCCUGAAAGUCUCUGUUGAUAUAGCCUCCAAAUUCUUUCCACCUGUCGGAGUUGCUAGUUCUGUGAUUGGAAUGGUCCUAGAUGUUGUCGAGAAGAAGAACAGCAUGGAAGAUCUGCAGAAAGGCUUUGACUUGAUCGAUAAGGGGUUUCAUGAGGUCUCAAAACAGAACCGGAGGAUAAUGGAAGAUAUCGGGAAGGCGACAACCGACUCACAGUUCGCAGACACAUGGUAUUGUCUGAAUCGUCAAUUCGAAAAGUAUAAGGAGAUGAUCAAUGCCCCACCAGAAGAGGUGGAGAAGAGAAGCCAGGAGUUUGUGGAGUUCUACGAAAAUGUGAAGGGGAGGCAGCAUCUGUACACGCUGUACGAAAGCGUGAUCGGUGUGUCCAAAGUCUUCAGCCAACCCAUCCUGCAGGUGUACCAGCAGCACUCAGGCACCGACCGCGAAACCAUGAUCAACCUCAGCCAGGAGCUCUUCUCCCUGUUCAGCAUCGGCUGCAUCACCAUGAUGGCCCACGGCGUCAUCAUUGGGGACGACGUGGAGGGCCGUGCGAAGGAGUGGGAGGAGAAGAUGGUGGAGGUGACCUCAGCAAUAGAGAAAGCUGUGGGAGAGUUUAAGUAAGAUCUUUCUUCGUGGAGGAAGCUCUAUCCACACACCUGCCAGAUGUCUUUUAGCUGAAACCAACUCAGAAUUAUUGAGAAGGUUUAGCGUCAGCGACGUAUUCCUGCUUGUUUUCCAACAUAUCCUCUCUCACCGACACCUGAGGCCCUUUAAAACAGGCUCUGGCAUCGUGGCGCUUCACUUAAAUGAUGAGUUAAACACUUUCUGACAUAAACCUGCAAACUUUCAUCUUUUAACUCUGUAACAAAACUUUAUUGUGGACUUUUGUUUCUAACAGCACUUGGUGAAAAAUGUUUUCAGCUUUUUUAAAAAAAAAAAGUUUCACACAAAAGAAGUGAAAUUAAAUGAAAUACUGAUUAAAAAAAUGUUGGAGUCAUUUCUAAAGUUUUUGUGCAUCAGAAAAGAAAAGUUAUUUAGGGGUUUUGGGGGUUCGUGAUUCAUACAUUUCUGUCUUGAGGUUUGUAUUUCACUGGGGAAAAUCUUUUUAUGAUGUUUUUGACUCAUGUUUGGUUAUUUAAAUGCAAAUA